AUGUUCAGCCGAUGGACCGGAUGUCGUGUCGUGGGAGUCGUCGGCCAGUCGGUCUGUUGCAUGAGUGCGUACCGAGAGCGACCGUACCGUACGGUACGUCCAAGAUGCGGUGCGACUCGUGUCUGUACGGCCGGACGUCUUGCUGACAUUGACCUCCUGAAUGUUCGUGUACGCACUGUACGGACGGACCACGCGGAGGCCUACGGCCCAGCCCAGACCCGGGCCUCUGAACGUUCUUUCGUUCGGGCCACUUCAGAAUCAAAAGCCGAAGCCGAAGCCGAAGCCGAAGCCGCUCCAUCCAGGUCUUCGUCGACGUUCAGUAGAUACGGGGCGAUUAGGCCCAAGAUUCUCGUACUUCUACUACCCUACUACGGACCACAACGCUCCCACCCACCAUCGUCUUGGGGAUUCGGGAUUGGGGAUAGACAGUCAAACAGACCGACAGACCGACCGACAUUCGCAGUUGGAAAUGCCCAACUCUGUCGACUGAUUCCAUUGGCACUUCCCCUUCGACGUCGACAACAAUCAAUCCAUCUCUCGCUGAAUCCUGGAGCUGCUGCUGGAUCGGUCAGGAAGGCAAGAGAUCGGGCGGAGGCAGGAAGAGCAGCGGCGCGGACGCCUGCAGCAAACCCACCGGGCAGGAUCCGGCCGCCCAUGCCGGCCGUCUUCUCGGGCCCGAAGAGUGGGCAGCUUCCCAUUGGGAUGGCAAUCUCCAAACCGACGGCGGCCCAUGCAACGCCAUGGCCGUUAGCAGGAGCGGUUGAUCCAGGCCAGAAUUACCAACCACCCGCCGGUCGAGGGCCUGCGCCGCAGCGGCCCCCGCGACCCAUCCAGGUUCCGGGAAUGUUUGAGACGUCCCAGCUGGAGGAUCCGUCGCCCACCUCGGACUAUGGGUCCGAGAGACAAAGCCAGGUAUCUAGAGAAUUGCCGCCAUACACGGUGGGGGGUAAACGGGAGGUAGAGGAUGCCGUCUCGCCAGAUGAUGUGUCUCCAGCCGGAACCACCUCCAGGCCAUCCACCAUCUCGUCCGUAGGCUCAAUACCGGACUUCCCAGUACCUGAGGUUCCCCCCGUUCCCCCCGUCCCCCCGGUUCCCCCGGCACCCCCUCGGAGAAUCGCCAAUCUCGGGCCACCGCCCAGUUCGAGGCGUGGCACAUCUCUGUAUUACUCGCACGCAUCCUUCGUCUCGCCGAUCCCCGAGGAGAGUCCUCGCUCCCAAACGACACAUCACUCGUACGCCUCGAGCGCCGCCAUCCCCAUGAGCUGGGGGUCAAGAUCUCCUCGAUCACCCGGCGAUGCGAGCAGCAUGUACUCAGACGAGGAUGCCUACGGCCCGCCGGGCUUCCAUCCAUCCCUUACGGCAGACGAAAUGCAAGAUGCUGCCGGACCCGGCGAUCAAGAUGGGCAGGGACUGAUCCGGAGCGCGAGUUUCGGACGCAGGGCGAAGCCAUCCAUGGUCACCAACAAAAGUUUGGAGAAGACAGAAUCUCAGGCACCGCCAGAUGAACCGCAGGAGCCACGACAAGUGACGCCGAUGGGGGAUGUGGCCACGUCCGGAGCCCCUCAGGGAUUUGGUAGGACGGGAGGGGAUCAGGGACCGGAGAGGCAGGAAUCCCAACGAGACCCGGCGUGGCCCAUGAUGGGGAACACCAAUUCCCCGCGGGCAGGUGGAACCGGAUUCGCUCCCAGGUCUGGCCGCUCGCCUGAAGCGCCUAGUCCGUCGUUCGCGCGGACUUAUACGGCGAAUGAACCAUCGCCGGCGUACACAUUCUCGGAUCCCAAGGCGCAUGCGAUGAUGGGAGCUUACAACAUGGCGAGUUCGCUCGGACCUCCUACGCCGGGAGGGACGAGGACCCCAAGUCCGGCGACGAAUAAUAAUUACGGCCCACUGUCGGCUAUGCGACGGCCCCCGAGAGUGGACAUGGAUGCGGCGAGAGAAGCAGAGGUGCGAGGCAGCUCGACCAGUCUGCCAGAACUGAUCAAGCGAGCAACCCGCUUGGCGGCAAUGAUGGACCGGGGUAAGAGACCAAGCAGUAAGAUGGUGCUGGACGACUUCCCGAGCGAGAGCGACUUCCAGGCCUUUGCGAGAGAGAAGGAGAUGAACAUGACUCCCACGGACUGGCGCCGAUCCGCUACCGCCAUGAACAUUGGGGCGGGCCGCGUCGAAGGCUCCACCAACCACUGCCAGCCCGACUGGUCCGGCCCCUCAGCCCACAAUCGCAGUCAAGAUUCGAACGCCCAGCAGCCGGGACGCCGGUGCUGCGGUCUCCCCAACUGGGCCUUUGUGCUCACCCUCCUCCUCCUCCUGGCCAUCCUCACUGCUGCCAUCAUCGUCCCCCUCAAAAUCCUCGUUCUCGACAAGGACGACAGCUCCACCUCUCGAUCCAUGUCCCCUGUAGAGCAAUGCGCAGCCAGCCCGCUCACGGCGUGCUCCAACGGCGGGACGUCAGUAAUAGACAAGGGGGCCUGUGCGUGUUUAUGCACGAACGGAUUCACAGGGUUGAGGUGUGCCUCGGCCAAUGCUACGGGCUGCUCCACCGUCUCCCUUCCCGGACCGACGGUCACUAAUGUCACGGUGGGAGAGGCCGUCCCCCGCGUCAUCGCAGGCUCCAUGACGAACUUCUCCGUGCCUCUGGACGAGACCACCAUCCUCGUGCGAUUCAACUCGGCGGAGCUGAGCUGCGCCACGGAAAACGCUCUGCUCACUUUCCAAGGCCGCUCGGAAAGGAUCGGCGACGCAGGCGAUUUUGUAACCCCCUCCAGAGGCCCCUCCUCCGCGGUAUUAUCCGUCCCCAGCUUGAUUGCAGCCCCAUUGGCGGCGCGCCGCCGCGACCUUGGCUCACCCAUGGCACCCGACCCCCUCGCAACGCCAAACCAAGACAUUCACGACAUCUCCAUGCGCGCGACGAUACCCCCCGCCUCCCCACCCCCCUCCUCUAUCGCCGCUCCACCGGCACCCUCUCCCUCCCCCGAGGUCGUUCUCUCGGGCGUCUACGAAAUCACGGAAGAAUCCCUCGACUUUGCGCGCGUCGCCGUCCUGUACGUGCUGCAGGAAGGCACGGUGGACGAUGCCAUCACGGCCCAGAUCGCGCUGAACGCCUUCUUCCGGCCCGCCAGCUACACGAACCUUGCGGCGCGGAACGUCAGCGUGGGCGGCGUCCGCGUCGUCAACCUGCUGGAAUACUCGGUCAACGUGGGCGCGGGCGAUGUGGGUUCGGGGGCGUCGGGCCGCGCGGCGCGGCCGUUGGGGAUCAAGGGGCGCAGUGUGGAUUUAUUUGCAGUGCCGUGA